AUGAAGAAAUGGAAUACUCCUGGAGCUAUUGAAGAGACUAUCGAAGAAGUUUGCGCUAAAGUAAAACUUAUAACUGGUUCUGGGAGAAAAAACAUCAAACCAUUACAUCAAGUGGCUGUAGAAUUUGAAAACAGGAAUGGUACUCAAUUUAUGAGUGAAGAAGAAAUCAUUGAAAUGAAAAAUCACAUUCACUUUGAAUACGAACCAAAAUUUGUUUAUCGGAAUGAAAAACGUGUAUCUCUUCCGGAAACACGACUUCGAUUCAAAGGAAAAACAAAUAGUCCCGAGCUUAUGGAAAGAACAUUUGACCAGUUUAUCAGAUACUGUAUUGGUAAAGCUGGAGGAAAUUUGGAGAGAUCGAAAAUGAGUUUUGGAUUUUUUCAUGAAGGAUUUCACAAGACUGAAGGUUUUUGGAUUAAUGAAAGAACUUACCAAACCUUUAACGGGCAAGUUUUAAUGGAGGAAUUGGAGCGAAUUACUCAAUCCAAAGCAGAAGUAGACAUUGAUGACACCUUCAUAAUUCAUAUGCAUGUAUUCAACAAUUUUGAAGGAGGAGCAGGUCGAUGUAGAAAUAAAAUGUUUGAUGAAGAAAAGAAAAUACCUGCAUAUGUGGUUGGAGAUGGUAAAUGUCUUCCCAAAGCGGUAGCACUCGCAAUGACAUUUUAUGAAUCAAAGAAAGAUGCAGAACAACGUUCUAAAUGGGAUAAAAUGAUACGUGUGCAGUAUCAGAAUGAAAAACUUCAACUGAUAGCUGCAAAUGAAAUUUUGGAAAAGUCUGGAUUGUCCGCGGAACAACAAGUUUUCAACAUUGAUGAUUUGGAAAGAAUUGCAAUGACCUAUCCAGACUACAAAUUCGAAGUCUACAGUAGACCUGCUUACGAAAAAUAUUACCAAAUCAUCAAAGAGUUUAACGUUGACGCUUCAAAACUCGUUACAAUUGCGUUCAAAAAGAUUGAUGGAGUUGGACACUACGAUUUUAUCAAACCGUCGUUUAUGCACAUGAAAGCCACAUAUUGCCACAAGUGUAAACAAAAAACAUUGUCAACUGGUCAUAGCCAAGUGUGUGAUGCUAAAUGUGAAAAAUGUGGUUUUUAUGAAUGCGAUAAUACUCAAAUCGAAACAAUUCACUGUGAAAUGUGCAACUCAAACUUUCCCAAUGAAGAAUGUUACAAUGGCCAUUUGGAACAUGCUUACAGAGCAAAGAAGACAAUGUGUGAAAAGAGAUAUACAUGUCUGGAAUGCGGUUUUCGAGUGUGCAAAGAUAAAGUUUCACAAGACGAAGUGCACGAAUGUGAAAAACGAUCGAGAUGCAUGCAAUGUAAGGAAAUGUAUGAUGCAACUCGUUAUCACAAUUGUUGCUUCCAACCUCCAAGAAAAAGAUUCAAGGAAAGCAAGAUGAAAGCUCAAAAAUCCUACAGAAUCUUAUGCUAUGAUGUAGAAACAAUAGUAGUAAACUCGGCCAAUGGACCAGAUUUCUCCAAACCUCAACCAAACCAUGAAGUCAAUCUUGUUUGCUUCAAAAUGUGUUGCAAUUUGUGUGUUGAAGAAUGCAUUGAAUGCGAUUGUGAAACUGGCCACUUUCACUACUUUGAACACGUAGAUCCAUUGGAAGACUUUGUCGAUUUUUUACUUCACAACACAAAAUUGGACAACGCCUAUGUGAUUGCUCAUAAUGGUGGAAGUUUUGGCAUCAUACCUGAUUAUGUUUCAAAUGGAACUUCUCUCAUCAUGGCAAACAUUACCACUCAUAUUAAGAAGACAAGGGUUCACAACAGUUUGAAGUUUCGAGACUCCUUUCGUUUCAUUCCUAUGCCUCUUUCAAAGAUGCCAAAAACUUUUGGAAUUACCGAACUGAAAAAAGGAUACUACCCAUACUAUUUCAAUCACAAGGAAAAUUAUGGCAAAGUAUUGGAUCGUCUUCCUGACAAACUUUUCUACGAUCCGGACCACAUGAAACCAGAACCUCGUAUCGAAUUUGAAAAGUGGUAUGAGGAUCACCAAAAUGAUGUGUUUGAUGCAGACAUGGAAAUUUUGGUUUAUUGCCAAAGUGACGUCGAAAUAUUGACAACUGGAUUAUCCGAAUAUAUCAAGUGUCGACAUGCAUCUCAUCUUGUACCCCGCGAAGGAAUGUUUGGAGGACGUACACAACCAUAUCAGAUGAUUGUAGAGUGUGAAGAAGACGAAGAAAUUUGUUAUGACGACUUCAACUCGUUAUAUCCAUCAGUCAAUAUAAUGUUCCAGUACCCUAGAGGACAACCUAUAGUCUACAAGACAAACUUCCCAUCAAUCAUCCCAGGAAAAGGUGUCGAUAAAAAAGGAUUAUACUUUUGCUCAAUAUAUGCACCUCCUGAUAUCAAGAUUACAGUGCUACCUUACAAAAUACCAGGAUUUUUGACAUUUCCCAGUUGUAGAACAUGCAUCGAAAAGAAUCAAAAAACUGCAUGCGACCAUACAAAAGUGUCCGACCGAUACUUGACUGGUGUGUGGACACAUGCCGAAUUAAAUGCGGCGAUUGAGAGAGGCUACCAGCUGCUUCAAUUUCACGAAAUUUGGUGGUGGCCUGAUGAUAAAUGGAAGACUGCAGACUAUUUCGUAAAUUAUUUAAAGUCAAUGAUCCAAUUGAAACAUGAAUCAUCGGGUUGGCCUAGAGAUGAUAUGACUGAUGAAGAAAAACUGGCAUAUAUCAACGAGAUUGCACAAAGAGAUGGUGUCACCCUUGUGAUGGAAAAUGUCAAAAAGGCCGACAACAUGAGAGAAAUGUCAAAAUUGUUUUUGAAUACAUGUUGGGGCAAGCUAGCAGAGAAUCCAGUCAGAACAGAGUCAAAACUGUUUGAAACAUUGGAUCAUGUUUCCCAAAGUGAGUACAUGAGUAAGCAAGGAUAUGAAGUCAAGGGGAUCAAAGAUUGGGAUGAUGGUAGAACUUUGAUAACAAGGGCAUCCAAAACCGAGUCUGUGAAAACAAAGGAAUUUACAAGUAUUGUUAUCGGAAUUUACACCACUUCGUAUGCACGUCUACGUCUCUUACAGGCAAUGGAGGCUGUCGGAUCUGAAAAUUUGAUAUAUGUUGACACUGAUAGUGCGAUAUACAAAAAGAAGAUUUUGGAUCCGAGUCCAGUAAAAGCACUCAUUGGAGAUGGAUUGGGCAAGCUGAAAUCUGAAAUUCCAAAAGGAUACCGAAUGAAGAAGAUAAUUUGCAUGGCUUCUAAAGUCUACUCUUACUUGUUGAAACAUUUGGAGACUGGUGAAGAAAAAAUCGUAACAAAGUUUAAAGGAGUCGUUCUCAAUUCAUCAACCAGUCGAACUAUUAACAUGGAAACUAUGGAAGCUUCGGUAAUUAUCAGUAGUGUUCGGGACAAAAAUUCUCCACCACCAUGA